GCACUUUCGGCUCGUAGCUACACUACACUACAAGCGCGCGCGAGCAACGUCGUCGUCGUCGUCAGCCACAUUGAGCCAUACAUGCAUGGCGAUUGCAGAGCACACGCCGUCGUCGUCGUCGCCUUUCCGGCAGCAUCGACCCACCGGAUGGGUCACGUUCACGGCGGCAACGCCACUGCUCGCGCUGCAGCUGGCCCUGCUGGCCGCCUUGGUUAUGGCGACGGACCCUUCACCUUCUCCGGAGCUCGUCGAGCUGACGCUCCUCACCGGCGCGCGGGAGAAGGGCGCAGUGUGCUUGGAUGGAAGCCCGCCGGGCUACCACUUGCAGAGAGGCUUCGGCUCCGGAUCCCACAGCUGGAUCGUCUAUCUUCAGGGAGGAGCUUGGUGCAGCAGUAACACCACAGACACAGAAACUUGUUCCGAGCGUAAGAUGACCGCCUAUGGCUCGUCCAAGCUUAUGGGAGCAGUAACCUUUGAUGGGAUAUUCAGAAACCAGCAGCCUCAGAAUCCUGAUUUCUACAACUGGAACAAAGUCUACGUAAGGUAUUGCGACGGGGCGUCAUUUUCUGGGGACGCGGAGGGUGAAGCACAGGACGGAACUAAGCUGUUCUUCAGAGGAUCGCGCAUCUGGGACGCAGUCGUCGAUGAACUCAUGGGAAAAGGAAUGGACGCCGCUGAACAGGCCUUGCUCGCAGGCUGCUCUGCUGGCGGUCUAGCUACGCUACUGCACUGCGACGAUUUCCGCGCGAGGUUUCCGCAGGAGGUCCCGGUCAAAUGCCUUCCUGAUGGCGGAUUCUUCCUGGACAUAAAGGAUUUAUCAGGAGAAAGGCACAUGCGGUCGGUGUUCAGUGGAGUUGUUCAGCUUCAGAAUGUUAGCGGAGUUCUGCCCAAGCGCUGCCUGGCGAAGAAGGACCCAGCAGAGUGUUUCUUCCCCGCUGAACUUAUCAAGAGCAUCAGCACCCCCACGUUCAUCGUGAACUCGGAAUACGAUUCUUGGCAGAUCGCGAACGUUGUCGCGCCCGACGGAUCCUACACUGGAGACGCGUGGACGAGCUGCAGAGACAACAUUCGGAACUGCAGCUCCGAGCAGAUGGACGUGCUGCAUGGGUUCAGGGCGGAACUCAUCAGGGAGCUGAAGGUUGCCGAAGGUGAGCGGGAAUGGGGGCUGUUCGUCGACUCGUGCUUCACGCACUGUCAGACCCAGUCGAGCGACUGGUGGCAUUCGCCCACCUCCCCGAGGCUCGGUAAUCAGACUGUUGCAGAGGCUGUUGGGGACUGGUACUUUGGUAGAAGGCGGGUAGUGAAGCAGGUCGACUGCGAGUACCCUUGCAACCCCACGUGUAGCAUUCAGUAGCUGUGAGCUGGCUUCUUCUUCGUGACCGCCAUUGCACCGAGCUGAGAUUCAUGGGAGUCCUUGUUUCCUCCACUCUCGUAUUUGAUUUGUCGUUGUUAGAAAACCAGUUACAUUUUAAUCUAGAGAACGAUACAUAAAUGUUACCGACAAUACGUACAAGUGUGUGUAAACUUAGCAUGUUGAACAAAGCAUAGGGAAACAU